UAUUAUUAUUAUUAUAAAUAAGAAAUUUUAAGGGGAUGGUAAAGUUGUAAAUUUUUAAAUUUAGAGGCAAAUUCGUAAUUUCAUUUAGAGGGGUUGGCGAUAAAAUAAAAAGGAUGGCGAAGUUUAAGGAUUGAGAUUACUAAUUAGUCAAAAUUAUAUGAGGUGUUCUCCCGGGUACGUGUUGAGACCAAUCAGUAAUUGCCACGUAUUCAAACCCGAAAAAAGAACAUGGACAUCCGAAGUCGGACUCCAUUCCCCUUCUCCUCUCUUUUCUCGCCCUCUUAAAAACCACAGACCGGGGAAAACCUUUCGUCGGAAAAAAUGGAGGAUAAAAGACAUGGCAGAAGAUCAAUACAGAUCUACAUGGUAUUAGGACUCUUAUUUAGCUACUAUGUGUCGGAGCUAUCUGGUCUCGCCGUCACUGUUAACGACAUGGAGUGUGUGUAUGAGUAUGUUCUUUACGAAGGUGACACUAUUUCUGGUAACUUUGUUGUUGUUGAUCAUGAUAUCUUCUGGAGUUCCGAUCAUCCCGGAAUCGAUUUUACUGUGACAUCACCAGCAGGUAAUGUUGUCCACACUCAGAAAGGAACAUCUGGUGACAAGUUUGAAUUUAAAGCUCCCCGAAGUGGGAUGUAUAAAUUCUGCUUCCACAACCCGUACUCAGCACCAGAGACUGUCUCUUUCCACAUUCAUGUUGGGCAUAUUCCAACCGAGCAUAAUCUUGCAAAAGAUGAGCAUUUGGAUCCAAUCAAUGUAAAAAUUGCUGAGCUAAGAGAAGCAUUAGAGUCUGUAACAUCAGAGCAGAAGUAUUUAAAAGCACGUGAUGCACGUCAUCGUCACACAAACGAGAGUACUAGAAAGCGUGUCAUCUUUUAUACAUUAGCUGAAUACUUGAUGCUGAUAGUAGCAAGUGGGCUUCAAGUGGUAUACAUACGCCGGCUCUUCAACAAGUCUGUAGGUUACAACCGUGUUUGAUUUGUUACGAUUCACUAGUUGUAGUUACGAAAUUGAAGUUCACGAGUUAUGUUUUAUCGACGUUUUUUUGCUACACAUAUAUGUUCGCCAUAGUUAUGUUUUAUGUAAAGAGUUUUAUACAUCACUGAAACUUUCAUCCGUUAUA